AUGAAUACUCCUGGAUCUUCAGGAUCAGGGAAUUCUUCAGACUACAGACAGGAAAAUGGCGACCAAACAAUGGAUUCCGAACGCCCUCUUAAAAAGGCUCGUUUUGCGUGGCAAGUUAAAGGAAAACAUCAUUUGAAACACGAUACUUUAAAAAAUAAUAAAGCUUCAGAUAAUUUAUCUGAUGAACCUGAAAUACCCGAAUCAUCAUCAGAAAGUGAUACAAGUGAUGUUGCACACUGUACUAAAGAUAAAUUGGAAAAACUAGAUAAUAUAUUGAAGAAAGAUAUUGAUUCUUUUAAAACAACUUCAGCUAAAACCUUACACCCAAUCACAAGCAUAUCUAAAAAAAAGUUAAAGUACCCUAAACAUGUUAAUACAUUUCAUAAACUUUGUAAAUGCAGUGUGAAUUCAACAAUUCCUUCAUCAAUGGUUUCAUAUACUUACAGUGAGGAUCAAUGUAUAUUGAUAUGGCAAGAAAGACAGUUGGCCAAAGGAUUCGUGGACAACACUAUUAAUCAUGUAUUGGACUCAUGGUUAGUAGGUCAUACACCAGCUGAAGUUGAGGCAAAUAAAUCUCUUGCAAUUGAUGUUGCAGACUUCAUUAAUAAUUUACCAGAAGACAACAGCAUUGAAAAUGAAGGAAUUCUCAUGGCGAUAUCUGCACACGGUCUUCAGAACACUUCGAGUUCUAGUAGCUGCAACAAAGAAGACUUGUGCCCUCUUACUUCAGACAAUGAACUUGAUCCAGAAUUAAGCAAUUUACUCUUAGGUUUUGGUUCUGACUUACGUCCUUCGCGUACAAACAAUGUGCGUAAUCCAGAAGAGUUUAUAGAUUUGCCUUCAGAAGAUGAAUUUGGUGAAAUUCCAAGCCCACCAUCGCCGCUACCUGAUGAUGAUGACGAUAACGAUGGAGACGAAGAUGAUGAUAAUUCACAAGGAUUUUGGGAAGAUGAUUUUUGUAGAGAUAUAGACAUAGAGUUAGCGACAAUGUCAGAAGAGGCUAUGAGACAAAAUGUCGCUGAUUUGACACAUUUAGCUUUAUUUCCCGAUGGAUCAAAUCAAAAUUUUAAUGAAGAUGGGAAUCGUCAAACUGUCAAUAGAAACAAUGAAAGACUAAGAAAUAAUGAUAUUAAUAAUCAUUUUGACUUCUUAGAUGCAGCUGUAUCAUUUGCAAUACAAAAUAGAGGUUUGACAUCCUAUGGUACAUAUUAUGGCUAG